AGCUCUGGCCAAAUAAGAAAUAGGAGCCAAAAGCGCAGCAAAACGAAGAAAAUAUAAAUUUGAUUUUGAAAUUUUUAUUUGAUAUUGAGAUUUUUUGCUAAAAGUGCGACCAAACAGCUCUAAAGUUGAGUGGAAAGUGCUGUUUGAGACUUAUGUGUUAAGGUUAAAGUGAAGAAGUUCGCUAAAAUUGUGUAACGGCAUCGAUUUGCGGCGGUGGAAAAUUUGGCCGAAAAAAACGACUCCACCGAGCGCUGACAGAUUUCCAGUUGGAUUAUUCGCGGCGAAUGUGCGAGCUUGUUAUCGACCGACCAACAGAAGAAAGUUUCGGAGGUGUUUUUGUAAUUCCUGACCGCCCUGGGGGACAAAUCCUUGAGCGGCGCAGUUUGGGGGCAAUUCCAAGGUUUAGACCAAUAUUUUGGAUGGUGUGAAUCGCGCUUGAGAUAGUCCAUCGUGUCAAACGGUUUAUUUCGUAUUGAAUAUUGAUACCGAAUCUGCUACAAAAAUGGAUGUUGAUGAAGACUACAUGUUCGAUAAUCAAACAAUGGAGGAGCUUGGUAUCGAUUCUCUGGACGAGGGAACGUUAGUUGGAUCGGAUGAUUUGGUGGAGUAUUCAGCUGGCGAGGAAGAUCUCGAGGAAGAAACUGUCUACAUCAAAACGGAGGAAUCAUUUGAGGAACCUGCAAUUCCAAAAACUAUGAUCACAAGUCCCAACAUAACGGUCAAACGAGUAGUUAACAACAAACCUAUAGUGACGCCGACAACUUUAACAAAAAUAGCCCCAAAGCCAGCAAAUUUCGUUCGAGCAACUAACGCAGCAGGAAAAGUCGUAUACAUCCAGAAACAGUCCGGAACGGUAGCUCCAGUGAAGUUACUGAAUAAUGCAAAAUCUCCAACUGCCACAAGCACUACAUCGUAUCACUUAGUGAAAGGCGAAUCUGGUGUGGUCAUGCAACCUAAGGUUCAAACCAUGAUUCGAAGGGUUGUUCCAGCGGCCUCGACCUCCACUACGACGACUGCCAGCAGUUUGAACAAACCUAAAUCUGUGUCCAGACCUGCAACGCAUGUCGUUAUCCACACCAAAAUGGGACCCUCGGGGACUUCCACUACCAAAACUCUAACCGUGGCCGAAGCUCAUCAAAUGGGCCUGCUCAACAACAAGGCGAAGCAAGUUGUCCAGGUUGAAAAACCGAAACCAAUCGGUAUUUCUUCAGCAAUCAAAUCUCCAGUCAAAGUCCUCCCCGGAUCCUCCAGUUCUACCAUUGUUCGAUUGAAGCAAUCUCCAGGUGCAACCUCAACCGGGCAAGUGCAACGUAUCUCAACAAUCACCAAACCGGCCGUUCAAAGUCAAAAGGUUGUUCUGCCCCAAAGUGCCAUCCAGGUGGGGCAGAAAUCCGGCCAAAUUCAGGCAAUAAACAUCCCCGGCAAAGGAAUCCAAUACGUUCGAUUCCUGAAUCAAAACACGGGCUCGACAAGUGCGUCCACCUCCGGCCAUAAAGUGGUCCAAGUUAUGAACAAAUCUGGCAAUGCGUCGAUCGCCGGCUCGGGUUCGAAAAUAAUUGUACAGAACAACAAAACCUAUGUCGUAAGCAAUGGAAACGUAACGGCGGUAAGGGCGGCAUCAUCCGGACAACAAGCCAACCAAACCAGAGUGCUGACUUCCGGUGGGCAGACCGUUGUGAGGAGAGUUUUAUCCGCUAGCAGUAGUCAAGCUGGUGUCGUUAAACGUGACCCGGAAUCUACUCGGUACAUAGCGGUAGUUCGAAAAGACGACGGAAAGCCCACCGAAGCAGUUACCAAUCUGACGGCUGCGCAACUGAAUCAGCUGAGCGGAACGACCGUAAUGGCCGGACGAUCCAAAACUAAAAUUGUCAUGGUCCCGUCCACCUCCACCAGCGUGACGAAUCAGAUCAAGUCAACCCUCAGUGGAUCGUCCUCAGUUCACAGUAACCCGUCGAUAAUUUCCGUGAAACGUGAAUCGAUCAGCGGGUCGGAAGAUGAGACACGUAAAGGACCCGCGGUGGGAACCAUUUUCCCCGAUGAAGCUUACAAGAAGCGACCGUGCAAUUGCACUAAGUCGCAGUGCUUGAAGUUGUACUGUGAUUGUUUUGCGAAUGGGGAGUUUUGCUACAACUGUAAUUGCCGCGAUUGCUACAACAAUCUGGACAACGAGGAGGAACGGCAGAAGGCGAUACGGGCCACCCUGGAACGGAAUCCUAGCGCGUUCAAACCGAAAAUCGGCGCCGUCAGUGCCGACGAGGACGCCCUCCGCCUGCAUACCAAGGGCUGCAACUGCAAACGGUCCGGCUGCCUGAAGAACUACUGCGAGUGCUACGAGGCCAAAAUUGCCUGCUCGGCCAACUGCAAGUGCAUAGGUUGUCGCAACACGGAACAAUACGCAAAAGAGUUCGAGUACGCAACGUCGCUGACUGGUGUUGAUAGCGUGGGAGGAGUCGUUGGAGGUAACUUGGAGCCUCUAUCUGGUGACGACAGCAUGGCAGAGGUCAGUCAAAGCGAAAUGAUUUUAGGGGGGUCCCCGAGUGACAUCAAACCCAUCGGAAGUGCGGGCGGUGCCUUUGCUGAAACUAAACCAACGACAUCAGCUGCAGCAACGGUGGCCAUUGCCGGAAUAAAACGACCCAAUCCGGCGGAACCCGAUCUCACACAGUUACCACCAUCGAAACAGCCGUACAAUUUUAUGACUCCAGACGUUAUCGAAGCGACAGUCCAAUGCAUGAUUGCGCAGGCGGACGAGUGUCAAAAGCGAGGAUGCAACAUUCGAACGGCCGAACGGAUGAUCCUGGAGGAAUUCGGACGGUGUCUGGUGGAGAUUAUCGAGUUUUCUAGUAAAUCGGAUAGCUAAAGUCUGCUUGCGUAAGAAUCUUAAACCACUUUUAGUGCACAUAUUUAUGUUUUACGAUAACCCGUGUCAAAAGAAAAUUGUGGACGCUUGUACGGUACUGAUAUAGGUUUACUUGCAUUAGAAUAAUUAAUUACCGGUGCCAUUGUGAUGGCACGCGUAAUGUGUAGUUGGUUGUUAUUGGACCAAAAUUUGGACCUGGAAAGCAUUAUGCAUUAGCAAUAAAUAUUUAAACGAAUGAUUGAAACAAAAUAUUUAUUUCUCAUUUCUCUUUUGGUGAAUAUAUUUUUACAAACCUACAUAAGCGUAUUUAAGACUAGUCGAAAAAAUCGCUUUUAAUAAAGCGUGAUGGCUGUACUUUUCGCUAUUAUGAUAAAUUACCAAAAAGUGAAUUCACCUAUAAAAUUUAGCAAUGUAAGUCGAUCAAAAGUUUUCAAUAUUCAAAAUGUACAUAAGACAGUGUACAAAUUGUGUACAAAGCAAUUCUAACCGCGUUUUAUAGUAAAUAUACUUUGAUUGAGCGAGUGUAGAUAAAAGUAUGUAUCGAACUUAUCAGAUAUAAUGAAUUAAUAAAAAUAUUAAUAGCCUCACUACUAUAGAAUGUUAAUAAAACAGCAUCAGCAUAGUGAAAA